CGCGUCAGCCAUCUGACAAUCUUUUCACCCUCGGCGCAUGUUAGCUUCCAACCAUAUGAUAGGAUUUAAACCCAAGCGUCCCAUCACAAACGUUCGUUUCAGUGGGCCAUCUGAAGUUCCAACACGUUUGCUAAAAACCCCCGAAACCACACAAAUCCCAACAUCCAACGGUCCAGAGGCUCCAACCGUUUCUCUACUGUGGAAAUGCUCUCAAUUGAGAGAGCUGAAAUCUGCCCAUGCCACCAUGAUCAAGAACAACGCUCACCAAGACCCUUACUUAAUAAAUCAAUUCAUUGGCGCCUGCUCGGCAUUUCGUCGAAUGCAUUACGCGCUUCUUGUCUUCCACUGCAUGGAAGAUCCCAACGUCUAUGUAUACAAUGCCAUGAUCCGGGGAUUCGUUCAUUGCUCUUCCCCAAUUCAGGCCCUCCGAUGCUACGUUGGAAUGUCGAGGUCUCGAGUCUCGCCCACGAGUUUUACGUUCUCGACGUUGGUGAAGGCAUGCACUCAAGCACUGUCCACGGAAUUCGGUGAAUCGAUUCAUGGUCGGAUUUGGAAGAGUGGGUUCCAAUCUCAAGUGUUUGUUCAGACGUCGUUGAUUGAUUUCUACUCGAAUUGUUCUAGAAUUGUUGAAUCACGGAAGGUGUUUGAUGGAAUGACUGAGAGAGAUGUUGUCUCGUGGACUACAAUGGUGUCUGGGUAUGCCCGGGUGGGUGAUUUGGAUGCUGCUGGGAGGUUGUUUGAAGAUAUGCCGGAGAGGAGUACCGUGUCUUGGAACACAAUGAUCGCUGGUUUUGCGAGGUCGGGGGAUGUAGAGUCCGCUGCACGUUUGUUUGACCAAAUGCCUUCCAAGGAUUUGGUGUCGUGGACUACCAUGAUCUCGUCUUAUUCUCAGGGCAAGCGGUUUAGAGAAGCCCUUGAAGUCUUCCAAGCAAUGAGGGUUGCUGGGGUUAGCCCUGAUGAAGUGACCAUGGCGACUGUGAUUUCGGCUUGUGCCCAUUUAGGAGCUCUUGAUUUGGGAAAGGAGAUGCAUUUUUACGCAUUGCAAAAUGGAUUUGAUCUCGAUGUUUAUAUUGGGUCUGCGUUGGUCGAUAUGUAUGCGAAAUGUGGCAAUAUAGAGAGAUCCCUGGUGGUUUUCUUCAAUCUGCGGGAGAAGAAUUUGUUCUGCUGGAAUUCCAUGAUCGAAGGGCUUGCAAUUCAUGGGCAUGCCGGAGAUGCAUUGGGUAUGUUCGAUAGAAUGGAAAGGCAGAAGGUGAAGCCCAAUGGGGUUACCUUUGUUAGUGUUCUUAGUGCUUGUACUCAUGCAGGAUUGGUCGAAGAAGGUCGUCGGAGGUUUUCGAGCAUGACCCAUGAUUACUUGAUCUCUCCUGAGAUCAAACACUAUGGAUGCAUGGUCGAUCUUCUAGGCCGGGCCGGCCUACUCAAAGAAGCAUAUGAUUUGAUAAUGACAAUGUCAAUAGAGCCGAAUGCUGUUGUUUGGGGGGCUCUCUUGGGUGGUUGUAAACUUCAUGGGAAUUUGGAAAUCGGCAAAAUAGCAGUGGAGGAACUGAUGAUUUUGGAGCCUGAAAAUAGUGGUUAUUAUGUUCUUUUGGUAAAUAUGUACGCUGAAGCUAAUCGAUGGAGUGAGGUGGCAAAGAUUAGAGCAGCAAUGAGGGGGAGAGGAGUGCAGAAGAAGAGCCCGGGGAGCAGUUGGAUCGAAGUUGGAGGCAAGGUUCAUGAGUUUGUAGUGGCUGACCGAUCCCACCCGUUAUGUGACAAGAUUUUCAUGUUGUUGGUUGAAUUAGAUGGGCAGCUAAAGAUGGCGGGAAUCUAAUAGACAGGCCAUGGGGAGGAGGAUGAGGGCAAUGAUCAACAGGAGAUGGCGGAGGGUAUUGAGUCCAGUGUGCAAUUUGAUUCAAACAAACUGCAAUUUCGGAGGAUAUUUAGAGUUUAUUUUGAGUCACCGAGUUGCAUCAGAUGCAAGGAUUUCAAGCUCAAUUGGUGGAGCCGAGGAUGGUGUUAAGGGCAGGACUCAUCACGAUUGUCAUACAGCUGCACUCGAUGUAGCUUACUAGCAUGGAUCCAUAGGUAAGCUGCAUACUUCAAUUCCAUUUGCAGUUCUUCUUUCUUCGGUCACUGAUUUAUCAAGAUCAUCUUAACACAGUUUUAAUUGGCUUGCAUUUUAAUCAUCCAUUUUGAGGUGCAAUGCUGAAUGGGAUUUCAAUCUCAUGGUUUCAAUAUACCAUUGGAGAAUUUGGAACUAAGUCCAAACUGGUGUGCCGAUGAUCUUAUUCGUUCAUCCACAAAUUUUUGUUGUUGUACCAUCAGAUAUAGUGCAUUCACCAGAUCAAAUUGAAAUAUUCCAUUGUGCAGAUUGCCCUUCAGCAUCCACCAUCCUAGAAGUGGGAUUCUAGGAAAUGUGAACUCCUUUUUUAACCAUGACAUACUGAUUUUGAAAAGUGGGUCCCAUCCCAUGUUGCGGUAUCCAAAUUGUUAGUCCAUUCAUCCUCGAUAGCGCGUUGAUUGCGCAUGAAUGUUGG